ACUUGAUGAACUUCUUGGUGUUACUGAUACGAGUCGCUGCCAUCGCAAUGUUUUUUUUUAUUUUUUUAUUUUUUAUCUGUCAGAUGACAAGUUGACAGUGGUUAUUUUGUUUAUAAUAAAAAGAUAAUUUAAAUAGUAUUUAUUGUAUGUUGAAUAGUUUAAAAUGAAUGACAAUAGUGUUCCAAUUGUUGAGCCAACAAUUGACUACAGUACCACCAAUACACCAAAAAAGAAUAGUAUCAUUUAUUAAUCAUUUUGUUGUUAAUACUGUGACAUUUUUAAAUAAAUUUGCUUUAAAUUGUGAAGAAAAGCUGUAUGAAUUUGAAAAUAAAUUACAAAAAAUUGAAGCUGCACUUGUGAUACUUGAGUCUCGUCUAGCUUCAGUUCCUGGUCUAGAGGAAAAAAUACCAGACACCACAGAUUCAUCUGUAAAGAAAAAAAAGAAAAAAAAGAGAAAAGAUAAAUCAAAAAAUAAUGAAAAGAAAAAUAUAAAAAUUGAUAAUAAAACUGACAAAAAAAUUAGUGAAGAAAACAAUGAACCAGAUAAUAAAGUUGAUGAUGAACCUGGUGAUUCUGAAAAUGAUGAUAAACCAAUCACUGAAAAAUCUAAUCUCCAGCCAAUAAAUAAACAUCCAGUUUAUGAAAAAUUUUUUAAGAUGAUUAAUUUUGGAGUACCAAAACCAGCAGUUCAAAUUAAAAUGACCCAAGAAGGCCUGGAUCCAUCACUUCUCGAUGAUCCAACGAGAUUAAUUCCACAAUCAGCUGAUACACCACAAGAAUCAUAAUUUAUGUUGUUAAAUUUUUAUCAAUUAUUUUUUAUAAAUAAACAUUUUAAAGUUGAUAAUAAUUUAUUUAUAAUACAACAGAUAAGAUAACAUAUUAUUCAAAAUUAUGAUUAACAUAAAAACAAAUUUUUUCGGACAAUAACAAGCUUUUUUUUUUUCAAACAAGUUUUGUUAUUUUGAUAAACAUUUGUUGAUGACGUCUUUGGUGGGCAACGUGUGAUUGUUAAUUUUUAUUAUAUUGAGUCAUUGAAUGAGACUUGUUUACCUUGAAUUUUUCGCGGAUUUGGUCUUUAUUUGGGACAGUUAUCUAUGAUAGUUGAUUUGAAAAAUUAAUUAAAUAAACUGGGUUAAAUAAUAGCUAACAAAAUAAUAAAUGAUUAAAGGUUUAAUCUUUGAAAUUAAUUUUCAUAACAAUUGCAAAGAUUGAUCAAUUAGUUAGAAAAAAAAGGAGGAAAGAUAAGGAAGAAUAGAGAUCGGAUAGUAAUUGACUAAAUUCAAUUUUUUAUCUCUGUAUAUUCACCAAGCGGCGCAAUGUGUACAAAUUAUUUUCAUACACGCGCAUCAUUGUGGUGUUUUGUCUUAUUUUUACAAUUUCAUUACGUUUUUUUUUUUUCUAAUUAGUCAGAAAAAAAUAGAAAAUUAAUUUGUAAUUAUAUAAAAAAUUUUCUAAUAUGCUGCUUACAGGAGCUGUGAGCAGAGGUGAUUUUCAAUUUCUAAAAAUAUUUUUUAGGGUAAAAACAAAUUUAUCAGUAUAAAAUUUUUCCUAUCAUGCUGCAGAAACGAUAUUUGAAUUUUUUUCAUCGAUCCAUAAAAAAUAAUAUGCAUUUAUUAAUUAAACCGAGUUAAACGAUAUUUUAUUACCAAUCGAAUUUCUGGGAGACCGAUCAUAAGACAGUUGUUAUUUUAAUAAUAGAAUAAUUGAUAAAAAAAUUAUAUGGAAUUAUCCAAGUAACAUCAUCGAUUUUGUUUCCCAUAAUGUCGAUUGAACGCUGAUAUAUUGAAUGAAUUUUGGGGUAAAAAAAUUGUUGUCUAAUUUUGUGUGUGAUACGAAUAAAAAGCCACAGUCAUUCAAGAUAUUUCAAAAAACAUCGCUCACAUUUUAAAUUGACGCUGGCGACAUCUAUACCCAUCAAAACAUGUCGCUAGAUUUUUUUUUUUUCAAACAAAAAUUAUCAAUUAAAAAAGUCUAUAAAUUCU